AUGUCCACCCUACAGCCGGAGAUCACUAUGUACACAGGUAAGAACAGGGAUAUUGACCCUCCAUGUGUCAACAGGCCGGUAUUAGAGAUCACUAUGUACACAGGUAAGAACAGGGAUAUUGACCCUCCAUGUGUCAACAGGCCGGUAUUAGAGAUCACUAUGUACACAGGUAAGAACAGGGAUAUUGCCCCUCCAUGUGUCAACAGGCCGGUAUUAGAGAUCACUAUGUACACAGGAGAGAGACGUGACUAUCGGGGAUCCUCCUGGGAGCCUCAACAACAUCAUGAUGCUGAAGAGGCAGAGAAAAGUCUCUCCAGAUCAGAACUCCUAAAGAAACACCAGCAGAGACCCACAGGGAAGAAAUCUAACUGCUGCUCUGGCUGUGGGAAAAGAUUCAACACUUCAUCAGACCUUAAAAUACAUCAAAGAAUUCACACUGGAGAGAAACCUUACAGCUGUGAUCAAUGUGGGAAGAGAUUUACCAGAUCUAGCUAUCUCACUAUACAUCAGAGAAUACACACAGGAGAGAAACCAUAUAGCUGUGAUCAAUGUGGAAAGAGUUUCGGUGCAUCUGGCUGUCUGACAAAACACCAGAGAACACACACAGGAGAGAAACCUUAUAGCUGUAGUCAAUGUGGAAAGAGUUUCUGUAUAUCUGGCUCUCUGACUGAACACCAGAGAACACACACAGGAGAGAAAUCUUAUAGCUGUGAUCAAUGUGGGAAGAGUUUUUCUCGGCAAUACAGCCUGAUAGUACACCAGCGGACACACACAGGAGAGAAACCUUAUAGCUGUGAUCAAUGUGGGAAGAGUUUUACUACAUCUAGCUAUCUAACUAUACACCAGAGAACACACACAGGAGAGAAACUUUAUAGCUGUAGUCAGUGUGGGAAGCGUUUUACUUGGCUAAACAACCUAAUAUCACACCAGAGAAGACACACAGGAGAGAAACCUUAUAGCUGUGGUCAAUGUGGGAUGAGUUUUACUCAGUCAACCAGCCUGACAUCACACCAGCGGACACACACAGGAGAGAAACCUUAUAGCUGUGAUCAAUGUAGGAAGAGUUUUACUACAGGAAGAGACCUCACUGCUGCUCAGAGAACACACACAGGAGAGAAACCUUAUAGCUGUGGUCAAUGUGGGAAGAGUUUUACUCAGUCAAGCAGCCUGAUAUCACACCAGAGAAUACACACUGGAGAGAAACAUUAUAUCUGUGGUCAAUGUGGGAAGAGUUUUACUACAUCUGGCUCUCUGACUUCACACCAGAGAACACACACAGGAGAGAAACCUUUUAGCUGUGAUCAAUGUGGGAGGAGUUUUACUAGGUCAAGCAUUCUGACUGUACACCAGAGAAGACACACAGGAGAGAAACCUUAUAGCUGUGAUCAAUGUGGGAAGAGUUUUAGUCAAUCUGGCUCUCUGACUCUACACCAGAGAACACACACAGGAGAGAAACCUUGUAGCUGUGAUCAAUGUGGGAAGAGUUUUAGUCAAUCUGGCUCUCUGACUCUACACCAGAGAACACACACAGGAGAGAAACCUUGUAGCUGUGAUCAAUGUGGGAAGAGUUUUAGUCAAUCUGGCUCUCUGACUCUACACCAGAGAACACACACAGGA